GCUGCCAAUUUUCCAAGGAUAUCAAUUGUGAUGUGCUUGGACACAAUUUUUCACAGAAGAGAGUUUAUUUAACAAGAAUAUAAAUAUAAAUGUCUAAAAACAAUGUGUUAUUAGAGCAAAAGAAAAAAUGAAUAUAAAUAAUUAAAAGAAGUACAGCUUCCGUUCUGUUUCAAGCUGCGAGUAUGAGCUGCGUACCAGGCACUUAAAAGUUUCGCAGACAGAAGUUAAAAAUACGAACAAAAAUUAUGUCGCCCAUGUCAAAUGCCAAUUCAAUGGCCCCAACUGAAUUAAGUCCAUUUGUGUAUUGGUCGCAAACAAAAGGUCAGCUGCUGCUCAAGGUGGACCUCAAAGAUGCGCAGGGCGUCGUUGCAGAGUUUACUAGUACGACGCUCUCGUUCGCUGCAAACGGGCAUGGAGCACGUGGUCGGAAUGCUUAUAAAUUCCAGAUGCGCUUCUUUCUGCCCAUCGAUGAUGAAACGGCGACCUUUUCAGUCACGGACCAUAAAAUCGAGCUGCAUAUACGAAAAGCAGAGCCGGCCUGGUGGCAGCGACUCAUUGCAACGCCUCAAAAGCCGCACUGGCUUCGCAUUGACUUUGAUCGCUGGCGGACAGAGGACGAUGGGGACCUGAGUGAGGGAACACGAGAUGUGCGAGAGGAUUAUGUGGAGGAGUAUAACAAAUUGCAGAAGCAGGAAAUCGGAUAUGUGAAAGAGCAUGCAAAGAAGGUUUACUUGAUCAUCUACAAUCUGGCCAUGUUUGUAGGGUAUUUGCACAUACUGCUUAUAAUGAGUGUGCUCUACAUACGCGAUGGAUCGGAGAGCAUGAAGCAUACGUACGAAUAUGUGGGAACAUCGUUCAAAUUUGUACAGCUGAUGCAAUACUUGGAGGUAAUGCAUCCCCUGUUUGGCUACACAAAGGGCAGCCCUUUGAUGCCCUUUUUUCAAAUCUCUGGACGGAACUUUGUGCUCUUCUUAAUGAUAGAAAUGGAGCCGCGUAUGCAUGCCAAGCCGGUUGUGUUCUACGUCUUUGUUAUAUGGUCGCUUGUAAAGAUAGUGCGCUAUCCCUAUUAUGUCAGCCAGCUGGUUAAGAGAGACAAUGGUCUGCUUACUUGGCUGCGCUAUACCAUCUGGAUACCCCUUUAUCCCAUGGGCCUAGUCUGUGAGGGAGUCAUACUGCUGCGCAGCAUCCCCUACAUUGAGGAGACGAAACGCUUUUGUGUCGAUAUGCCCAACAAGUGGAAUUGGACAUUUGACAUGGUGCUCUUCCUAAAGGUCUAUUUGCUCCUGCUCGCCCUGCCCGGCACCUUUAUGGUCAUGUCCCAUAUGUCCAAGCUACGCGCUAAGAAGUUGGGACGUGGACGAGCUAAGCCAAAAGUUAACUAAGAAUAUUAUCUUCACUAGCUUUAGGAUAACACUGUCACACACUCUCUGUUUGCAUCCAACUGCUAUUUGUUGUAUUUUAUUUGUAAUUAUUCGUUUAAUUUGAAAGACUUUGUGCCUAUAUGGUUUUUACACAUGCGUACCAUUUAAGCAUGGUCUGACUUUACGCAAUUCACAACCGAAAUAUCAAACAUAUAGAAAAUAAUAAACAAAAAUUAUUUUUUAUUUUGAUGCAA